AAAGUUCCAUGUCCUCCGUCAGCCACCUGCAUCUUCUUUCACGUCCUGUCUAUCCUUCCUCCCCUUUCUCAUUGAUUUGGCAAUCCACAUACCUACAAUCCCGUGCUCACUGCGAUAUCCUGACGUAAUCUCCGAAUUCACCCCCUCCAUCUGCACACCUGAUCGAUCGCACGUGCAAAUUCACAUCCCCCAACAUGCCUCCGAAAGGUGCUCCUAGACGAGGAGCACCGGCCGGUGCAGCCAGCCGCGCCAAUGCCUCCGCAACCGCCUCAGCAAGUCCCGCGUCCACCGCCACCCCCAGCGACUCUCAGACCGCCGUCCCCGGGCGAGCCCCCGUCCAACGGCUCCAAUCCCUCAAGAAGCGCACACCCUCCGGCAGCAUCGGGCCGGCCGCGAAGCCUCCGGCCGCGGCAGGGCCACCCGCCGGCCCCGGCGAACCCGCCAAGCCCACUCUCAAAUACAAGCCGCGCGCCGUCGGCCGUCGCAGUAAGGAGGAGCGAGAAGCGAUCGAGAAGCUUGAAGCGGAGCGUCACCGGGAGCGACUUAAGGAGGCGGCGGCUAUCCAGCGCGGUCGGGACCAGGGCGGACCGGGCGGUCGAGGCGGGUUUGGUCGGGGUCGCGGCGGACCCAUGGGGUCGGCUGGGCCGUUGGGGUCGGGCAUGACUGGGCGCAGGGGCCGUGGGGGUCGCUUUGGGCAGGAUUCGAGACACUCGUCCAUGUCGAGACGCAGUCGCUCGGUCAUUGAUCUGGGGAGUGCAGCGGCGAGUCGCGAUGUCUCGUCCGAUGAGAGUGAUGGCGAGUUGCGCGUCAGCAUUGACCAGAUUAAUCUGGAUAGCGAUGAGGAUGAGGAUCAGGCGCUGGUGGAUAGUAAGAAGGGCAAGGCGGCGGUGAAGUACGCGGAUGCGGAGAGAGGGUUGCGGCCCAUUCGGGUCGAGCGACAUGAGCAUGAGGAGCGCGUGGUUAGUGUCAAUAUGGAGUCGAGCUCGAGCAAAUCGGCGGAGCUGCGCGAGAAGGCCAAGGCGCAGGCGAAGGACGAUGAUGCGCUCUUUGUGCAGGAGGACGAUGAUUCUACACAGGAGGGGGAGCCCAAGGUCAAGGCUGAGCCUACGGAUGACGACCAGGUCAUGACGGAUGUGCCGCAUGUGGAGGAGCCUGCUACGACGGACGAUGGGUUGCUCCCGGUGCAGAAGGUUAAGGUGCGCAGGAAAUUGACUCCCCCGUCGACGGAGGCGACGCCACAGCCGGAACUGGAAGCCCCUACGGUCAAGGACCCGAAGAGUUUACUACGCACGAAGGAGGAUAUCGAGGAAUACGAACGACACGAGCAAGACCUGGAGAUUGUCAAGGACCUCUUCCACAAGGAGCCCGAGCCUGAACAACCGGAGGCGCCGGCCGAGGGCGAGACUCCGGAAGUGGUUGCGAAUGACCAGGAGAAGGACAAGGACAAGGAAGGCACCGAGGAAGAGAAGGAGGACGAGACCAACAAGGACAAACUGGCGGGACAGCUGUUCUUGAUGCAGUUCCCGCCGAUGACGCCGAACCUGGUGGUCCCGGGCAGCGAGACGGCUGCCGGCGACGUGACCGGGACGAACGGCCCGUCUGCGCCGGAGGGCAGUGGGGAGCCAGCAGGCGUUAAGCGCGAGGACGGCGUGGAGAUCCUGGACGGCGGGGAGGAUGCCGGGGCAACGGGGAGCUCGUCUAAGGUGGUGACGGCGGCGGACUGGGGUCUCAGCGCGGGGCGUGCAGGCAAACUGAACGUCCAUGCGUCAGGUCGGGUGACGAUGGACUGGGGAGGCAUCAGCUUCGAGCUGGACCGGGCCACAGCGGUGGACUUUCUCCAGGAAGCGUUGAUCGUGUCUACCCCGCCGGGCGCGGCGGACGAGGAGUUCCCAGAUGAUGAGAAAAAGGUGUGGGCGAUGGGCCAGCUGAGUGGCAAGUUCACGGUUACACCGGACUGGGGGAAGAUGCUGUGACAGGACGGGUGGGGAGCAAGCUGGGGAGCAGGCUGGGGAUGUUGAUGGCGGUGUUGUGGUGUGGUGGUGGUGUGGUGAAUAUGUUGGAGGCAGGGCACUCGGUUUACGUCAUGCGGGAUGGCUGGGACGGGAAACGAUGACGAUCGGAUGUUUGGAUAAAGAUAGAACUGUCAUUAUGGACGAUCAAUGCGAGGUUGCUGGCCUUGAAACCGCCAAUGAAUCCCGCCAUUCCCGGCUGCCCAGCGAGGCAUACGUAAGAGCAUGCCACCCUUGGCCAUGUGUCACGACUGAUGUAGA